GCAAUUUUGGGGUGCACAAAACAUCCCUUAAAUUGAUGACAGAUCAUUCAAGACCACAGUGGCAGAUCCGGAUUACCGACCCCAUUUCGCAGACCCGAAGCCCCCGAUCGAAUAAUCCCGUUCCACACUCCAAGGCUUCACGAAAUUCCUUGUCGUAAACUCGGAGUGUAAGAUCGUGAAAAUGUACCGGCGUUUAGUCGGAGUUGUAUUCGUGGUCGUUUUGUUCUUCAUGACCUCCGAAGCUUCACAAUGCUCCAUCAAAGUGGCUGAGGGGUUUCUUCUCUGAAGCAGGAUUGCCACUUGUUAGGAAUAUCAGCCAGCUUCCACAAGAUAACUACGGAAGACCUGGUUUGUCUCACAUCACACUGGCAGGUUCAGUACUGCAUGGCAUGAAAGAGGUUGAGGUAUGGCUCCAAACAUUUGCCCCGGGUUCAAGAACACCUAUCCAUAGACACUCUUGUGAGGAAGUGUUUGUUGUACUCAAGGGGAAGGGAACACUCUACCUUGCAUCUAACUCACAUCCAAAGUACCCUGGGGACCCACAGGAAAUACCCGUCUUCACGAAUAGCACUUUUCAGAUUCCUACCGGUGACGCUCACCAGGUUUGGAACACGGGAGAAUCUGAGGAUUUACAGGUCUUGGUUAUUAUUUCUCGCCCUCCAGUGAAAGUGUUCAUAUAUGACGACUGGCUCAUGCCACACACUGCCGCUAGAUUGAAAUACCCUUAUUAUUGGGAUGAGGAGUGCCAUAAAGCUUCAUCUUUCAAAGAUGAGCUUUAAGUCUUUAACUUCUUUUUCUAAAAAACCUUCUUUCUGUCAACAAUUACACUAGGUGUAGGGAGAAACACAGUGAAUGGUGGUACAGAAAAUGCUUCAGAUUUGACAAAAAUACUCUUUUAAGUGAGAGCGUGGAGCUACUCUCACUCAUUUUCUUAAAUUUGUUUGGAGGGAAUGGAGGGGGAGGAUUGGUUUUUAGUUUGUUAAUUUGAUGGAUGUAAUCUAGAUCUAACUAGAAAAUCAGUCAAAUAAUGUUUUUCUUUAUAAUUUAAUAUCUUCACUUUAUUUCAAACCGCCAAAAUACAGAAAAUCUUUAAAAAAUAAAUACUCCACCCCCAAAUCUUGAAUCAAAGAAGCCCUUAGAUGGUGAUUCCGGUGUUCCCUGAACCUUCCACUGUGCUUCUCUCUACCCCCGCCUUAGUUGUUUUUUCAAUUAAUGCUGCUUGUGUAGGCCAAUGAACUGAGAGCAAGAUUUGCAUGAAUCUUUGUAUUUUGUUCGUGGAUAUGGGUAGAAAUAGUAAAUGUACAGAAUUUGAACAUUUGAAUAUAUAAUAAC